AUGUUUCUUUUAGUAUUGUUUAUGAGUUGUUUUUCUCUUGGAAGAGCCAUAGAUUGUGGUGGUAACAAAGUUGCAAACACCAUCAUUGUUGAUCAAGGAGGAAAAGGAGCAUUUAAAUCAGUUCAAGCUGCCCUUGAUUCUGUAAAGAAUCCAAAUGAUCGAUGGGUUCUAAUUAAAAUAAAUCCUGGUGUAUACAAGGAAAAAGUUCUUAUACAUCCAAGAAAGCCAUGCAUUAUUUUAAAAGGAUCUGGUAAUAAUAGCACAAUCAUUACCUACAAUGAUGCAGCUAAUGAUAUUGGCACUUCUAAUAGUGCAACAUUUCAUUCAUCUCCACCUAAUGUAAUUUUGAUUGGCAUUACAUUCCAGAAUACACAUGGAAAUGAUGGACCAGCAGUAGCAGCUUCAAUAUAUGGUGAUAAGACUGCAAUUUUUGAAUGUAGUUUCACUGGUUAUCAAGAUACCUUGCUUUCAUCAAAGCGGCGUCAAUAUUUUAAAAAUUGUUAUGUUGAAGGUGAAGCAGACUUCAUUUUCGGUGAAGGUCAAUCUUAUUUCGAGAAUUGUAUGAUCAAUGCAACUCAAGCGAAAUCAAAACCUAUAGGUUUUGUCACUGCACAACGUAGAGAUUUGCCGAAUAGUCCAAAUGGUUAUGUUUUCAAAGGAGGACGCAUUGAUGGAAUUGGUCAAGUGAAUCUUGGUAGACCUUGGGGUCCUUACUCAAGAGUUAUAUUUUGGGAAACAUAUUUUUCGUCCGUCGUAACUCCUCAAGGAUGGGAUCGUUGGAAUUUAACGUUAAGUGAAGCGCAAAAUACUAUCUUUGCAGAAGUAAAUUGUACAGGACCUGGGGCCAAUACUGAGAAACGUGUUGGGUGGGAGAAGAAAGCAAAUAGCUUAAACUUAAAUGAAUAUAGUUUGUCAUCUUUUGUAAAUAAGGAUGGAUGGCUUGAUAAUUUACCAUCCGUAUAA